AAAUAACGGAAUAGAAAUAAUGUACGUAUUUUAUCAUCUUCUAAGUAUAUUUUCUGUACUCGGUGUUACGACUGGGAAAAUAUUCACAAUUCAAGCAGACGAGAACAGAAAUCGAGAGAACCAUCCCGUCUGGGAGCUUACAAACUCUUCCAACGGAAACGCCGUCAUUUUAGAACCGAAGAAAAGGCUCGACGUCAACUUCUGUUUGCGUAAAGACGCCGUGGUCAGCGUGGUGGACUUUCGGUUCUCGAACGGAAACUGGAGCGACGUUGUGGUGGUGGAAAUAGAUAACUUGGGUAUCGGGUGGUUCCGGUCCCCGGUUGACCCCUCUCAUAACUGGAACAAAUUCUUGUCUACAGGGCCCUUCCAGGGAUCCUGGGAACUUCUGACGGGCUGGCAUACUUUAACUGUUCGCUUCAAUGGGACCGCCGAUGGUCUCGCCGUUGAUCACGUGAUGCUCAACAUCGACGACGACCAAAUGUCGCAGGAUAUUUUCUCGUGCAAACUCACAUGCAUUCCGGACCAGCGUUACCAGCUGCGGGCGAACGACGUGACGACGAGCCCCUCGUUCCUCGUACAGGAAUCGUACAAGACGGUUUGCCCGGAAGUGGACAAUAUCAACAUGCCGCUUUUCAACCAGGGCGUGCAGAUGUACGAGAUCACAGCGGCUAUGCCACAGUACCGCUCGUUCUCGAAUUGGCGCUCGGAGAACAAUACCGGAUGUCCGCACCUCUCUCCGUACUACUGGGACUUUUCUAAUGUCCAGAUCGAUACAGACACGCGGCCGAUUAUGCAGUCGGCAAAAGCAAAACUGUACUCAACCGGUGGUAAGAGAAAAGAUUCCAGGAUUUCCAUACUGAUUCUAAUUUCUUUCACGCUCGAAGGGAAGUCCAAAGGCAUGCUGGACAGCGAGAUGGGAACGAUCCUGAAGGUGCGCUUCGCCGAUGUGACGUCACCUAUUCAGGUGCAGUACCAGUUCAAAGGUCGAAAACCCGGCAUAUCGCUCCCGGAACCACAGACUGUCACGAGAACGAACAUGGCUGUGGAGUGGAACACAGACGACUUUAGCUGGACCGACGGUGAUUAUAACGUCAUUUUCUUACAAGUAACGUCCAACUCCACUCGUCCGCUUCAUUUAGAGCACAUUUCGUUGGAGCGUCGACCGAUGCUUCCUGACACAAUUAUGCAGGUAUUCAAAGGCGACGAUACCAUUGUAGAGGUAGUCUUCAGUGAUUUCUGGUGGACGAAUCCCGACGCUAUGACCGUCCAUAUAGCCGCCACCGGAAAAUCUUACGAUAAUGUGUCGUAUUUUCGAGUCUACAGACCUAUCCCCUGGAGCGAUGGUUACGCACAAGUGUUUGUCCUAUACCAGGACGGGAACGCUCGUCUACUUCCGGUUCCUCCACAAGGCUUAGACUGGAUCCCGUUUGGUUCUUCCGUGAUUAUUGGUCAGACAGACCCUACCGUGGUAAGACCCUACGCUUCAAUCACAGAAGCGUUUAUCGAUGAAACAAAUUUGAAAAUAGACUUGAAAUAUAUGGACGGAGGCUCAUGCAAAUUAUCCAUCGCCAGUAGUUUGUCGGAAACUCGCGUCACUGUUUCUGAUAUCAAAUUAAGUCGAAACCCCAUGAUGUAUCCGUUCGCGACAUUCCGCUCCAUGUACGUCGAAGAGGGAAAUUCUGACGUCGACAGCGUCAUGGUAAACGGCGUGCUUCCACACCACAUAAUGGACGACUUUCCUUACCUCAUCGGUCGCAGCUUCGUAUUUCAUCGGAAGUGCAUGUCUAGGCACCUAAUGCUCAGCCCGGAUAUAUACAUCGACAUACGGCGCACAGACGUCAGAGAAACCACCAUUGAACCCACGAAUUCCUUUCAGACCCUCAUUCAGAGAAUUCAGAACCACCGGUACCGCCUGUGGACACCGCGGCUCCGAUACACAUACCCCCGCUUAUGAUGACGUCACUAACAAUGCCACUGAUGACGUCAUAUCAGAUCAAGACUGCGAACAUAAUUAAAUAUUUAAAUAUUACUUCAUUAAAUAUUGUGUUUUAUGUUUUUUAUUUAUUUGUGAUGUUCUCUUUCGAUAACUAUUAUGUCUGAUUAAAAGAAUUAAACCUGUAGUGAAUCUUU